AUGGAAACAAUUCCAUCAGCUCCGGUUCAUUCCACCGAAGAAAGUCGUUGCGAAGAGCUGUAUGCUGCAACGACAACGCGCGAUUCGUCUGGGAGGUACAUCGUGCGUCUACCGAGAGUUGAAGAUCCUUCAGUCAUCCUUGGCGAAUCAAAAUCAAUCGCUGACAGACGCUUCCUGAGCCUGGAACGUCGACUCGAACGAGAUCCUGCAACCAAGGACUCAUAUCACCGUUUUAUGGAGGAGUAUUUGUUGCUUGGACAUAUGCAGAAGGUGAAAGAGCCUGUAAAUGAUCGUAUACAGCAUUGCUACAUUCCUCAUCACGUCGUAUUCAAGGAAUCCCGCACAUCCACUAAAAUCAGGGUAGUCUUCAACGCAUCAUGCAAGACUUCGUCAGGCUAUUCCUUGAAUGACACGCUGCUUAUUGGGCCUGUGGUUCAACAAGACCUAUAUUCGAUAUACCUAAGGUUCCGGACAAGAAUUGUCGCCAUCGUAGCAGAUGUCGAAAAAAUGUAUCGGCAAGUAUUGCAUCACUCUGCCGAUUUACCGUUCCUUCGCAUACGGUAUCGUAGGAAUCACACCGAUCCGAUUCUCACCUACGAACUACAGACCGUCACCUACGGAACAGCAAGUGCUCCAUACUUGGCAACGAAGACACUUCAGCAGAUCGCGAAAGAUCACGAGCAUUUAUAUCCGACUGCUGUCGAAGCUGUUAUUGAAGAUUUCUACGUCGACGAUCUACUGUCAGGAGCAUCGAACGUAGAAUCUGCCAUCACCCUGCGAAAAGAAAUCACCACUAUGCUUAACUCCGCUGGAUUCACGCUCAAGAAGUGGGCAUCAAACGUCCAGGUGGUCCUAGAGGAUGUCCCACCGGAAGAUCGAGCCGUUCAGCCUAUCCACGAUUUGCAGAAUGAGCAGACAAUUUCCACACUCGGCCUGCUUUGGGAACCAAUCGCCGAUUCGCUUCGAUUCAAGGUCGAAUUGCCUCUCCCUGCUGCCAUUCUCACCAAGCGAAAAGUGAUGUCAUACAUCGCUCAAAUAUUCGACCCAUUGGGACUGUUGGGUCCAACGACAACCAAAGCGAAGCUUUUCAUGCAACGGUUGUGGACAUUGAAGCGCGAUGGUAUUACUUGUGAAUGGGACUCACCUCUAUCAGAGAAACUUCAAGCCGAGUGGAAGCUCUUCCACACUACUCUUCGCGUUCUCGCCGAUAUCCGUAUUCCUCGGUUGGCGCUGGCUUCUGGAGUCAGCAAUAUUCAGCUGCAUUUCUUUGCCGAUGCUUCGUCAAGUGCCUACGGCACAUGCUGCUACGUUCGCACGGAAUCGCAGAGAGGGAUUACAGUACUUUUGUUGACAUCGAAGUCAAAAGUAGCUCCAUUGUCCACUCACCACUCCAUCACCAGACUUGAGCUCUGCGCCGCUCACUUAGCCACACAACUCUACAAAAAGGUAGAAGCGUCUUUGAAAAUAUCAGUCACUCCAUUCUUCUGGUCGGAUUCCAGUACUGUGCUUCAGUGGUUACGUUCAUCUCCAACUCGUUGGAAGACAUUCGUCGCUAACCGAGUGUCAAAAAUCCAGACCACUACGGAUAUUCUUCACUGGAGACACAUCGCAGGCUAUGAGAACCCUGCCGAUGACAUCUCUCGGGGUCUGAACCCAACAGACAUUGUCCAUCGUUCCCGCUGGUGGUUUGGCCCGCCAUGGUUAUCGCAAACAUCUGAUCAGUGGCCCAAGACCAUAAUCGACCAGCAGUACUCCACCGCAGCGUCCGAGGAAGGGCGCAAAACUACAAUUGUCACCAUGACUGCAGCACAAACUGAUUUCAGCGAAAAUUUGUUCGCACGCUAUUCCAUGUACGGGAAACUACGCCGAGUCGUAGCGUUUUGUAUACGCUACCUACAAUACUUGAAGGAUCGUUCCAAACAACGCAAAUCCGAUCCUCUGUUCACCGAACUUAUCGUUCUUCAAGGAGAUAAUAUCUCAUCCAUACCACGACUUUCCACCAAGGAGCUUCAACACGCCGAACAAUCACUGUGCUGCCUGUCUCAGCGCCAGAUUUUCACUGAGGAGCUCAACGAUCUAGCAAACGGCGAACAUGUUUCAAAAUCAUCGUCGCUCAAAUGGCUGAAUCCGUUCGUUGAUCAAUAUGGAAUCCUUCGCGUCGGUGGUCGCAUUGGUAACUCCGCAUUGUCCGAUGCAAUUAAACACCCGAUCGUACUGUCCUCUAAACACCCGCUGUCUGCUCUGUUGGCUAGCAGUUACCACUUAAAGCUACUGCACGCAGGUCCGCAACUCCUGCUAGCCACACUCCGCCAGAAAUUUUGGAUUCUGGGCGGCAGAAAUCUAGUAAAAGCCGUCUUCCACCAAUGCCACACUUGUUUCCGUUCCAAGCCCACUCUAGUCCAGCAGAGCACAGCCGAUCUCCCGGUAUCGCGAGUUUCGCCAACGCGUCCUUUUUCCGUGUGCGGUGUCGACUACUGUGGGCCUUUCUACGUCAAGUCAGCAGUUCGAAAUCGUGGUCCUACAAAAGUCUACGUGACCAUAUUCGUCUGCUUUUCAACCAAGGCUGUCCACAUCGAGCUAGUGAGCGAUUUGUCGACUCCAGCGUUCCUAGCUGCGCUCCGUCGUCUAGUCGCCCGCCGAGGGAAAGUUGUCGAGCUCCAUUCCGACAACGCAACUGCAUUCAAAGGAGCUUCUCAUGCCUUGAACAGGAUUUACCGUAUGCUGAAGGUGGAAGCUGUUGACCGUGAUCAAAUUUUCGAUUGGUGCUCCGAAAAUGAGAUCGUUUGGAAGUUUAUUCCGCCCCGAGCCCCACACUUCGGUGGUCUCUGGGAGGCUGCCGUCAAAUCGACGAAGACGCACCUCCUAAAGACCGUCGGAAACGCCAAUCUCACUUACGAAGACCUGUUGACAUUGUUGGCACAAGUCGAGAUGUGCCUCAAUUCUCGCCCGCUCACUCCGAUACCUGAGGACCCAUCCGACCUAGAAGUCCUGACGCCAGGACACUUUCUUGUUGGAAGCAGUCUACAAGCAGUUCCUGAUCCUAACUGGAAGGAUACUGCCGAUAAUCGCUUGGAUCAUUGGGAUCUGACCCAGAAACGUCUGCAGGUGAUCUGGUCCCGCUGGUACCCAGAGUACCUACAACAGCUUCAAUCUCGUGCAACAAAGGGUUGCAAUCCUCCAGUCACCGUCGAAGUCGGUGCCGUCGUCAUCAUUAAAGAAGACAACGUUCCACCAGCAAAUUGGCCGCUGGGGAAGAUCGUCAAACUUCAUCCCGGAAAAGAUGGCAUCGUUCGAGUGGUGACACUCCGCACAGCAUCCGCUACAGAGGUCGUCCGUCCCGUAGCACGCAUUGCUCUACUUCCAUCACCGAAUUUAACCUCAACCGCUUAA